AGGAUUGCUCAUUGCUUUUCUUCAAGAGGGAGACACAGCUCUGUCCUGUAUGAGGCAGCAGGGAAGAGAAUCUCGGUCAUCACUUAGAAACAAAGAAUAAAGACUUCAUGAUAGAUCAUAAACUGUAGGAGACAAAAAACACUGAUCUACUGACACAGCACAGAGUCCAUUACCAUGGAUAAACAGAGCACAGUGAUGUUUCGAAAUGUGGGGCAGCUCUACUUCCCCCAAACCAGAGUGGAGUGUCAUUACAGUCUGACCUCUGAGCACCGAUGGAGCAGCAGCGACUGGAUUGGCAUUUUUCAGGUGGGCUGGUCUUCAGUGAAACAGUAUUACACCUACACAUGGGCUCAUGUUCCUGAAGGCUACACUGAGGGCUCCAGUGUCAACUGCUGUGCACUUUUCCAUGCCUUCUACCUGCCCUGCCCCAGUUCUGUGGAGUAUCAGUUUGUGUAUGUGGAUAAGGAUGGAGAGGUAUGUGCACAAAGCCGCCCCUUCACUUUCUGUUCUCCUAAGCCACUAGAAGAGUUAGAGACUCUGAAAGAGGAGCAAGAUCAGGAGGAUGGAGAGGAGGAGCUGCUCCUAGUCAUCCCACGAGCUCAGCUGCUGCAGAGUCAGCUGGAUGAAUGCUUACAAAAACAAGCGGAUAUACAGCGUGCUCUGGAUGAGGCCAUAAAGGAGGCAGAGAAGGAGAAAGAAAACAGUAAAAUAGCAAAGAUGGAGUGGGAACUGGAAAGAGAGGCAAUGAAGGGGGAGAUCACAGAGCUUAGAGAUGACUUAAGACACAAAAGCGACACACUGAAGAAGAUCGAGGGAAAGCACAAGGAUGUGAAAUACAGUCAGGAGAACCUGACCUAUGAACUGAGCAAACUCAUGGCUGAGAAAGCCGACAGUCAGCAGCAAGUCAGAGACCUGCAGGAGGACAUGAAGGUCCUGACUGAGAGGGAGAAAGAGGCACACAUGGAACUGGAGAGACUGAAGGAGAGAAUGAAGAAAAUGUCCAGUCAAAUGAAACAUGAUGAGGAGAAGAGGAAGUCUCUGCAGGUGGAGAAUGAGGCAGCUCUGAUGGAGGUCCGAGGGCUGCAGGAACGUCUUGAGGCUGCAGAGCAUGUAUCCGAGAGCCUACGCAGGGAGCUGAGGGAGCUGGGCACCCGUCAGGGCCAUGCAAACACUGAGCUGCACCAAGCCAGGCUGCAGGUGGCCCAGCUCACCCUGCAGCUGUCUGAGGAGAACCUGCUGCUCAGGGAGGAGCGGGCUAACUGGGCCUUAGAGAGAGAAGCUUACAAACAUGCAGCAGAGACUGAUCUCAGAAAAUUGCAGGAACUAAGCAGCGAAGUGCAGAGGAAGGCAGGGUGGCUGCAGGAGGAGAGGGCAGAGAGGGAGAAGCUGGAAGUAGAGCUUGGAAGAGAGAGAGACUGCAGUCGAGUGCUGCUGAGUGAUGCCAAACAGGAGCUGCAGGAGGUGAAGGCGAGCCUGAGGAAAGUCCAGAGAGAGAGAGAGGAGCAGCAGCUGGACAAACAGGACUUGUUAAACUACAUCCAUCAGCUGGAGCAGAGGUUGGGGAUUGAGCCAGAAAACAAAUCAAAUGGAGAAGUACCUGCAUGUAUCUCUCCGGAGUCUUCCUCUGAGAGUGACCAGGAAGUUUGCUCCACUUCUCUCAGUGGAGCUGAGACACUCAUUCAGAGCAGAGAGGACAUAGCAGCCGCUGACACUCAGAACCUGCUGAAGCAGGACUCUGACCCCCGAGCUGCUGAAGAGAAACAGCUGAUGCUUCCAGAAGUCCUCAGCUCCGUCCUGAGUGAGCUGGCUGACUCCCCCAUGUGGUAAUUCAGCAAAGAAUGGAAGUAAACCUUUACAAUACAUCUUCAACAUUUCGUAGUAUUAUGUUGCUUUGCAGCUUUUUGUAGAAAAUUACAUUUAAAAAGGCAAUAAUGUGAGAACUUCUACCCUUAUGAUGCCUGUAUUCAAAGAAAACUUGGCACAAUUGUAAAGUCUUAAGUGUGCACUAUUUUGUACAUUUUAAUAGACAGGUUAAUGCUUUUUUUUCUGUGCUAUGAUGAAAAAUCCCUGCCUGCAAGGAUAUGGUUCUGUCUAUUAAGACUCGUAUUUUAUCUCUACCCUUUAGAAGGUUUAUGCAAUCUUAUCCUGAACUGUUAAAAGAAACUUCUGAAAUUAUGCUGCAAAGAGCUUAAAUGUGAAUAAAUGUUGUUUUUGGCUGCGUAUCAUGUCCAAAACCCCUGCAUGUGAGUGUGAAUCCUGUAUCUGAGUCAAACGUGUGGGUGUGUGUAACAGACGAGUGUGAAAUGUUCUGCUGCAGCUUGUUGAGCACUGUCAGGCUGAAGGAACAUAACAGAAGUCAAUUUAUGAUACUUGAGUGUACUGUCUGGAGACACUUGAAUAAAUGUAGAUGAUAAAUA